AAGUGAAAACUGAUUCAGCAUUGGUUGCCAUAGAAAGAAUUGCUGAAGGAAAAUUGUGUAAAACUUUUUAAUUUCAUUUUCAUUUAAAUUUUUUAUCUUUUGAGAAUGCUUUAGAUAGGGUUAAUGAGAAAAAUUGGGUUUGCUACUACUACUUUUAAAGUUUUAACCUCUUGCUGAUUGAUGAACAAUUGUUGGAUGCAGCCGAAAAGGAAAAGUCUAAUUUCCUCAUCACGCAUUGGCGUGGGAAAGACAACAGGGUGUUAACAACCGCUUAUUUACUUGUCAUCGAUUUCAUGACCAUCACGUCAAAUUCUACAUCAUAGUUUACUUCAACAUAACCUACUUAAAGGCCAGAAUUCUUCAUAUAAUGAACAACUUGGAGCAUACCCAAUAUGUGCCAACCAAAACUUUACUUAAACCUGUUAUUGGUGGCCUUGUUAUUAUGCCAAUUUCCUUGACACUGUGGAUAUUUGGCACCAUACGGUCAAACUAUCUUAGUGCAGAUGAUGUGUCUGAUUCAUCCCCUAUAAGGUGGUUCAUUGCAACAUUAGUCCCUGCCAUCAUUUCUCAUAGAGGCCUCAAGAAAAAAAGCCUUAGUCUCAGCGGUGCUAUCCUAGGGUACUUUGUAGGAUUUAUUCUAACAAUUACCAGCUAUGCCUUCUUAGCAAGUCUCAUGAUUUUCUUCAUUUCCUCAUCAUGGGCCACAAAAUUCAGGAGUGAGAAGAAAAAGUCAUUGGAGGAAGAUUUUAAAAAAGGAGGGCAAAGAAAUUGGGUUCAGGUAAUCUGCAACGGCGGAGUUGCCGCAUAUCUUGGUGUCAUCUAUUUUAUCGAAUCUGGAUCUGGAGAACAUGCAAUUGAUUUCCACCAUCACUACAGGCAAUCUUGGCUAUCUGUUGCGAUUUUAAGUGCUAUUUCCUGCGCAAACGGAGAUACAUGGGCGUCGGAGUUUGGAACAGUUAUGACUGACCUUCCGCCCCGAUUAAUUACAAAUUGGAAGAGCGUUCCCCGUGGUACAAAUGGAGGUGUUACCUGGGUAGGCAUCUUAAUGAGUGCGCUUGGUGGGCUUGUGGUUGGAGUAGCCUAUUAUAUUACUCUUCUUUUACGUUUGGAUGCCGAUAUCCUUGAAGUUAAUAUCAGCCAAUGGCCUCUAAUGUUAACUGGGCUUUUUGGUGGCCUAAUCGGAAGUCUACUCGACUCUUUUCUCGGCGCUAUAUGUCAGUUUUCUGGCGUUGAUGAGCAAACCGGUGUCAUAGUAGAAUAUCCACGUCCGGGUGUGAAAAAAGUCAGUGGGUCUCCCUGGCUUGAUAAUCAUAGUGUUAACUUGAUUUCUUCAUUUUUGGCUGCACUUUUUGUUACUUGGAUAUCCAUCUAUUUCUGGCCAAAAUAAGCAGUUUAUCUUUAAAAAAUGAAAUAAUUAAAUUCUAUUAAUAACUGAAGGAGUCAUAAUCUUAACACUUUGUUCUAGGAGUUUGUUGAAAAAUAAAGUUAUAUUUUGAUAACCA